CUUCCCUUCGCUGCAGCCUGAGCCGGGUUUCAGUCGCUCCAGAGACAGCGGACUUUCCUCGCAUGUUUGCAACAGAGGGAUCAUGACGGGGAAGAAGUCUUCCCGGGAGAAGCGGCGCAAACGUAGCGGUCAGGAGGCAUCUGCGGCGCUUGCGGCCCCAGACCUCGUGCCUGUCCUUGCCAGCGGCGGCAGUGGAAGUACCAGCGGCUGCGGGAGCGUCAGCUGCUGUGGGAACGCCAGCUUCAGUGGAAGUGUCACCGGUGGUGGGAGCGGGGGCAGCUGCUGGGGCGGGAGCAGUGAGCGUCGGAAGCGGAGGAGCACCGACUCAUCCUCCAGCGUCUCGGGCUCUCUGCAGCAGGAAACCAAGUAUCUUUUGCCAACUUUGGAAAAAGAAUUAUUCUUGGCAGAACACAGUGACCUUGAAGAAGGUGGACUGGACCUGACUGUGUCAUUGAAACCAGUUAGUUUCUAUAUAUCAGACAAAAAAGAAAUGCUUCAACAGUGCUUCUGUAUCAUAGGAGAGAAGAAGUUACAGAAGAUGCUUCCUGAUGUGUUAAAGAACUGUUCAAUAGAAGAAAUUAAAAAACUAUGCCAGGAACAGUUAGAGCUUCUGUCUGAAAAAAAAAUCUUGAAGAUUCUUGAGGGUGACAAUGGACUGGACUCUGAUGUGGAAGAGGAGGCAGAUGAUGGCUCUAAGAUGGGGCCUGAUUUAGUCAGUCAGCAAGAUAUCUGUAUAGAUUCUACUUCAUCCUUGAGAGAGAACAAGCAACCUGAUGGUUUGGAAUUAAAACAAGGCAAAGGGGAAGAUAGCGAUGUGCUCAGUAUAAAUGCAGAUGCUUAUGACAGCGACAUAGAAGGCCCAUGCAACGAAGAAGCCACUGCUCCUGAGGUUCCAGAAAAUACAGUGCAAAGUGAAGCUGGUCAGAUAGAUGACCUGGAGAAAGACAUUGAGAAAAGUGUGAAUGAGAUUCUGGGACUGGCAGAGUCUAACCCAAAGGAACCCAAAGCAGCCACCCUGACUGUUCCUCCACCAGAAGAUGUUCAACCUUCUGCACAGCAGCUGGAGCUGCUAGAACUUGAGAUGAGGGCAAGAGCGAUUAAGGCCCUAAUGAAAGCUGGUGAUAUAAAAAAGCCAGCCUAGUUGUUUAACUUGAGUUUGAAUUUUAGAGGUGUUUGAAUGAAGCCACAUCAUAUAAUUUUGUAUCUGAAGUUUAUUUUGGGUCUUACGUGAUACUUCUCGUGUAACCCUUAUUAGGUAAACUCAUUUUAGGCCUAAAAUAUGGUUGUUGUUGUUGUUGUUUUUAUUUUAUAUUAGAAAUAUGUGUUAUUGUCUUAUGAAUUCAUGACAAAUAUAGUUGGAUAGACUGGAUACUUUGUUAGAUGGGUAUUUAGCUAUGUCUGCAAAUUGUCUUAAAAGCCAUUAGCAAAGAAUCAUGUCAUUUUUUUUUUUCUUUAUUUUUUUAAAUGUUUGGGCACCAAACCUAAAAACUUAAGAAAGAUUGACCAAGCAUGUUUCUCUUAAGGCUACCUAUAUUUUGCAAUAGACUAUUAAAUUAUUGCUCCUAGAUUUGUUAACAAUUAAGAAAUUUAGUUUUGCUUAUAUACACUUUUAAAAUAUGUACUAUUUUGAAGAUUUCUUAUAUGGGUGUGGAUUUCUUAAUUAAAACUGAAUAAUUUUGUUAUCAGGCUUAGAGAUUUGAAAUGGCUUAGAAAAACUUUUUUUAUAAAAGAAAGAAAAGAUUUAAGGCAAUUUUUAACAAUGUAGAGCUAAUUGCCCAUGUUUAAUUACAGCAGAUGAGCCAUUCUAACAGGUAUUUGAUACUAUUGGACACCUCAUUUAAGUUUUUUUCCCCUCACUAAAAAAGAACAAGUUUUCAUUUACAUUCCAAGCUAUCAGGAAAAGGAGAAUAUUUUAUCAUACAUGAUUUCAUCUGGUGGUGUUGCUUGAAGAUCUGAUAUGCUAUAAUUCCAUGAAUCAAAAAUAAUAAAAGUCUAUCAUUCAGGAUCUGAAGACUUUUGAUAUUUUUCCAAAAGCAAAAUUAAUUUCAGGAACCUUUGCUAAGUUGUUAUAAUUAAUCUCAUUUUGUAUAGUUUUUGUAAAUUAGCAUCCUGCCACAAUUACAGAUCGUUUUCCUCCAUCACUAAUUGCAGUUGUUUGAUAUCAAAAUAAAUUUAAGUAGAGACCCUUAACUUAAAAUAAACUAGUUUUUU